AUGCUGGAUCGAAACGAGAAAGACCCGGAGGGUUCACCGGACAUCAGAGAACCUUCAGAAAAUGAGCACGAGGAAGAAUUCUCAAACACACAAAGUACAGAUUUGAUUUAUGAAGGGGAGGAAGAGCCGGAAAUCCACCUGCGGACAUAUUUCGCCCUUGCAGCCAUGUUCUUCCUGAAUAUGGUUCAAGUCUUUUGCCUUAUGGGACCGCCGGCAGGAUGGAUUCAAAUGACUCUAUGGGGACUCACAGCAAUUGGUCUUUUCAUUGGUUAUAGGCCACCAAAAAGGCACACGAUGUACGAUCAUCUAACUCUAUGGCAAAAAAUCGGCAGACUAGAUCUUCCUGGUUUCUUUCUUCUGACUGCAGGAUUGACAAUUUUUAUCGCUGGACUGAAUCUCGGAGGGGGUAUCUAUGCAUGGAGUGCAGCACCUGUACUUGCGACGCUGAUCGUUGGAAUCAUCUGCUUAAUCUUAUUUGGUAUCUAUGAGUGGAAGUUUACGAGCACGGGAAUUUUACACCACGAUCUCUUUCGCACAGAAGGAAGUGGAGGUCGAACCUUUGCGAUCUGCGUUGCGCUCAUUUUUGUCGAGGGCAUUCUCCUUUUCGCCUACUCGAUCUUUUAUCCGAUUCUAACAGCAGAAGUUUUCGAGCAGGACCCUCUUCUGAUGGCUGCACGUGAGCAGCCAUUCUGGAUUACUGGCGGAAUAGGAACUGUGAUCUAUGGCUACAUUAGUAGCAGAUAUCGAACUAUUCGACCACCAUUGUCUGUGGGAUUUCUCCUUCUCACAGCUGGUGUUGUUGGUCUUGCCACCAUUGAGCCUAGUGAUAAUGUCAGUUCUAUGGCAUUUGCUGGACUAGCAGGCCUGGGCUUUGGAUCUCCCUUGAUUCUUCUAAUUGCUGCUGUCCAGCUAUGCACGCCUCAUCAUCUUAUCGCAACUGCGACUGCAGCCACCACCUGUUCUCGGGCUAUAGCUGCAGCAGUUUUCACAGCUAUUUUCAACGCUGCAAUGAAAAUGCGCCUUGAUGACUAUAUACCGGCAUAUGUUGGUAAGGCUGCAUUGGAAGCUGGACUCCCUAGUGAUUCAGUUGCUGCCUUUAUUGGAGAUAUCUCAAGCGAUAACUUGGCUCAACUUGCCAAUGUCUCGGGUGUUAAUUCUACCAUCAUAGCGGCUGGAACUGCUGCUUUUAAACAAGCAUACGCAGAUGGAGUGAGGGUCGUUUUUAUUAUCGCCGCUCCAUUUGGUCUUGUGGCAUGUAUUGCGUCGUGGUUUCUGGGCGAUCUACGAGGGGUCAUGGAUUAUACAGUUGAAGCCCCAGUUGAGGAUCUUCAUUCGAGGAAGAGAGAAGAGAACCCCUAA